GCCGGAGCCACGAUGAGCUUAUAUGCAUUCUAUCAUGGGAACACGUGACAUCAUCUCGCGGCGAUUCGGAUCGGGAUGGCUUUCAGCUUCUCUCAAAUCUCCUCCUUUCGCCUGUCCAUUCUGUCAAGGGAUCCAAUCGGGUCUGAUGCUAGUGAAAGUUCUUGUUUCCUUCGUCACUAUCGUCUUACAAAUCACUAUUGUCGAGGUCCGUUGCUCCCACAAAUGCGCACUUUUCCAAACACUUGCGGUAUUUCUUGAACACUCCGAUAAAGCCGCCUCCAUGUACACCAAUAUGACAAGAUCAGGCUUGUGCAGAUAUGUCCUUGGCUUAUCAGUUUAUCUAGGCAGCUCGUGAUGCAUAACUUGAAAUUGCUGCUAUCUUUGGGUCGUUUCACUUUGCCGCCUUAUUACGCGCGCUAAUCUAUAUUAACACAGAGAUCUUGGUGACCUCCAUCCCGGAUAUGUCCUUAUACUGAUGGAGUUUGCUUGUCUGAACUUACUUCUUAUUCAAAUGAGGAGAAAGUUGGCGUUGUUGACAACUUUAAGAGAUCUCAUGCCGAGCAGCAAACGUGCCUAAAACUAUUUACUGCAUCAUGAUCUUGCCGUACUGUCCAUUCAGUCCCACCGCCAACCUUUGAAAUGCCUCAUGAUCAUCAGAGUAGGCGGGAGCAUGUGGACACCAGCGGAGGCUAUAUAGCUUAUUGAAUGUCUACGGACUUCGACUUCUGCGGCGGAUAGAAACGGCUAUUGUGCCCGUUAUACGGCAU